ACCCGAUAUUACAUUUGUCGUACGACAAAUGUAAUAUCGGCCUUAAAGUAUAUCGGUGUAAACUAGACCAUAGAAUAUAUAGAGAAUACAUCCAUGUAAACAAAACGCAAAGAUCUAAUGUUGCAAAAGUGAGACUGAUAUUAUAUUACAUUCACAUAUGACAAAAAGUUUGUCGAAUGUAUCAAUUUCUCGGAUAAAGAAUAAUAAAGAAUUUUUAGAGUCUUUAUCAGUCUAAAAAUUUUCAAUACGUUUUGUAGGUUUUUUUUUGUUCGAACUUUAUGUCAUAGCUCUCAGUUGAUGAAACUAAACGAAGCACGUACAUAUACACACGUGGUUGAAAUUUGACUUCAUACCUGCAUAUUUGUAUUUUUGAAAAAUGUUAAACAUGCAUAGAAAUGCGCCUAAUAUUCUAGUGACAGGCACGCCUGGUGUCGGUAAGAGUUUAAUGUCGCGUAUGUUGUCGGAGAAAACCGGAUUAGAAUGGCUCGAUGUUAGUAAACUAGCUAUAGAGAAUGAAUGUGUGACUGAAUACGACGACGUGUACCAUUGCAAUAUGUUAGAUGAGGAAAAGCUACUGGAUGGAAUGGAGAAUCUUAUGAACGAAGGAGGAAAGAUUGUAGAUUACCAUAGUGUCGAUUUCUUCCCCGAGAGAUGGUUUGAUAUUGUAUUUGUACUCAGGACAGACAAUACUACCUUGUAUGAUCGCCUCAAGGAAAGGGGAUAUUGUGGAAAAAAACUAGAGGAUAACAUAACUUGCGAAAUUUUUCAAACUAUUCUUGAAGAGGCAAGGUCAUCCUACAGGAAAGAAAUAGUACACGAACUAAUGAGCAAUACUUUAGAUCAGGUGACAGAUAAUGUAAAUAGAAUAUGUCAGUGGCUGGAGCAGUGGAAAAUAGACAAUCAGCAAACUUGAAAAUUUAUGUAAUUAAUUUCCCCUCAAUCUGAUACACUCUUUCUUACUUUAUUUACAUUAUCUAAAUUAAACUAAUGCAUUAUUUACACUUUAACUUGUUGCAAAUACAAAAAUCUGUGCAUAAGUUACACAUAUAAAAUAAUACAUAUAAAAACAUGUUUUUUAUAUUUAAUGCAUUAAAUAAAAAUGAUUUAAAAACA